UGGUUUAAAAGAUUUCCAACACAGAAAAUUGCUCGGAAUACUUGAAAGGUAAGUUAAUCUUAUCCGUGUGAAAUAAUAUUGAUGAUACAGCUGAUACCAACGACAAAGAUCACCCGAACCAGAAAUUACUUGAAAUCUCUGCUCUCUGGCGCCCAGCCGGAGUAUGUCAACUGUUUAUUUUACUUCAUAUUCUCCGUUUGUCUUCACAUUAAAUAAUCUAUAAUUUAACCCCAAUAAUUACAGCUUAAAUAUUUAGGUGCCGUUUCGUGUUAAUUAGAAAACCCAUAUGUGCGCAUUAAAAUAAUGUCUAAGUAAAAUUCUGAUCAGUUUCGUCAUCACUUAAUUUGCAAAUAUGUCACACAGCCGACCGAUUAAUCACACAGUGAUAUAAAAGUGCGCUUAAACCUUGUUUUAAUGACGCAAAAUCAAGUGAAAUUUCUAAUAUAAAUGUUUUAUGAAUUCAUUUAAAUCGAUUGAUAAAUAUAAUGCUUUAAUCUGUAGAAAUCAGUUAAAAAGGACACGAAAAGAACCUUUAAAUUCGUUUUUGUAAAAUUUUAAUUCGGUGCACAAGAACGCAGAGCUUAAUAUUUCCUUUCUGCUCUAUGUUCCUUGAGUCAGAAAAAAUAAGAAAAAACGCCUUAGAAAAAAAAAACCAUAAAAUUGUUUAUUUGGAGUUAUGAACAGUAUUAAACACAGAUCCCCUGCUGACAUAUUCAUGAGUUUCCAAAACCAAUGGAAAAUACUUAAUAACCAACAACAGAAUCUUAAAAAAAGUUCUAUUAUCUUAACAGCUGGAAUGUAAUGUUUGGUUUUACAGUUUUCAAGACAAGCAAAAGUUUUUUUUUUCAGUGGUGGAUCCAGGGGAGGGCUCCUCCCCCCCUAAUUUGUAAACCAAAUGAGGCCCAAAGGCCGAAAAAAAAAUUGUUUUGAGAUUUGUUUUUGAACCAUUUUGGUCUGAAAAUGGGUAUAGAAUUUGCCUAUUUUGAUCUGAUUUUGGGUAUGGUUUUUGAGGGAAUAUGGGAGUGCAUGAACGUAUUUUUCAUUUCAAUUCCAAAUGAAUAAGAAAGAAAGAUUUGAAAAUGUGAAUUCGAAAUGGAUUUUAAGAAGUCUUUUUGUUGGUGUCCUAAUCUAAGUAAUGGUAACUCAAGGUCUAGAAACAGGUAUGGAUUUUAGAGGUCAGGCCUGAAAGCACAUUGCAAAUGAACCGAGCAGCACAGCUCCACCACGAUUUCCCCGGAAUACCCCCUCGGGAGGUAAAUCUACCUCCAGACUAAACCACUGGACAGAACUCUGUUCAAGCCCUGAAAUACUGAUUAAAAUGGUUACUUAUAUUAGUGUAAAUAAUUAUUACUACAAUACAUACAUCAUACAUUUAUUGAAUACAUCCCCAUCUGGGACUUUUUAGUGAUAAAAGAGGAUUACAAAAUUAAAAUAAUUAUACAGGAUUACAAGAGCAAAAUCUAUUAUUUUAACCUAUUCACAUAAUUCGGGCAACAGUUUACAAUAUUAUUAAUUAAAAUGAGAAAAAUACCUUUUCAUAGAUUUGGUAUUAAGCAGUUCUAUUUAUUUUUUUCAGACAAUACCAUAAUCUAGAAUAACAGUGUAUAGUUACAUCACAUAACAGUGCCUAUUGAAACUUGUCAAUUGUAAAUGCAAAUUUUUUAUCAAUUAAAAGUGUACCUGUUAUUUGUAGUUGGAAAGUGGUGAAACAUCGAUCAAAAAAAAUUUAUUUGCAGAGCUGUGGAGGUAAGUAAACAUUAAAUAAAAUAAUGUUAAAGAGCUGAUUCUAAAUAAAUAGAGGAUUGUUAAAGCAAGCAAAUAAAUUAUAAAAUGAUAAGAAAAUGUAAGCCUCCAUUACCUUGAUUUUGAUUGACCACUGAGUGUUUUUUUCUUUUACAGCUCAGGGACUUUUCAACAUAUAAAAUAUAUACUAGUUAUCCUGAGGAAACCUUCAUUGUGGUUUUAAAUAUGGAUGCCAGUGAUUGCCAAGGUUGUUGCUAUGGCAACGUAGAGACCGAAGCUAGCAACAGAUACAUGAUGGAGAAACAUGAUACUGUUUAUUGCCAAGAGUUUCAACAACAUACCCAAAGCAAGGAUCCUGUUUGUCCAGAUCAUCUGAAACACUCCGUUCCUGAUGACAACUUGACAAGGUUGUCAAACAUGAAUAUCUGCAAUGGUGAUGAAGUACAUAGUGCUAAUGAAACAAUGCCACGCCAGCACUGGUCAUUGGCAACUUUUCCACCAGAGUUAAUUCUUGUGAUCUUUUCAUAUCUUGAUGCACGUUUUACAUUAAGGGUGUUGGCAUGUGUAUGCAAACUGUUCCAUAGUCUUCUAUCACCUGAAUCUAGCUGGAAAACAAGAUUUGGUAAACGAUGGCCAAGAAGGAACAACAGGGAAGAUUAUGACUCUGUAUCAAGGUUUGAGUGACAGUUUUGCUUAUGUUGCCACUGUGGUUUCUUAAGCUCUCAUAACAAGUUUCCAGUAGGCCCUGUGUUUUUAACUUAUAUCAAUUUUGUUUUGUAGUUGGAAGAGAAUAUGUGUUCAGCAAGAGGAUCUGGACAAGUUUUGGCACGAUCCAACGUCCUCUCUGGACUUUUAUCAGCUAAAAGAUCAGCAUUUUGCUCCAGUGGAUACAGUUCAAAUUAUGAAUAGUGCUGAUCUGUGCAUCUCAGGGGCGAGAGAUCGUGCAGUGGGUGUGUGGAGUCUAUCAGCUUUAGCAGAUCCCCUGGAGGAAGGAUAUGCUAAGAAGUCUUUUAAGCAAUCACUUGAUGGGCACAGGGUGUGUAACUAGAUUUGGUAAACUCUGGAGGCAGCGUUGCCGAGUGGUCAGCACGUUGGACUCGCAAUCUGGCGGUUCCAGGUGCGAGUCCUACUUUGGCCACUUGCUGGAUUUGUUUUCGGUUGUCCCGAGUUCAAAUCCUUGGCCACGCUUGUAAAUAGCCAACUGGUUCCCUCCUGCCAGUUGGGGUUGUUAAUCCUGUUAUGUUAUAUUUAAAUUAUUUGUUUCUAAAGUAUUUGAGUGGAGUGCCUGCACAUGUAGAUUAGCUGAGUAAGCUAAGUGCACUUUCCACUAUAGACAAGCCUUUAGUUUGAUACACUGUAUGUAGCAGGGGUCUGUUGAUGACUGCAGGGGUAGUAUGAAACGCUUUUCAUUGAUCUUAUGAUGGACACACAGCGUGCAAAGAAAGUAGUGUCCGAUAGUCCGGGGCUAGUGGAUUUUGCUAUUGGGCUAGUGAAAUCUGUUUUUAACUUGCCCGACGGGCAAGUGAUGUUCUUUAAGGAAUUCGAAUAACAGAAGAAGUGUGAAAUCAAUUCUGCUUGACGAAAAGCUUUUGGGGCUAGUUGAAAUGACGUCUGGGCUAGUAAAUGCUAGCUUCAGCUUGUCCGAAUGGCAAGCUGUAAAAAUGAUUUUCAUUGCACCCUGGACACAGAGCUUGUGACAUUCAAGUUGAUCCUUGGUGUGCAGCAAGGCCAUGUAGAUGGCUUCAGAUUUAGGUAUGCAUCUUGAUAACAGCCAAAGGUUCUGGUUGCUGAAGAAAUAGCAGUAUUAAGAUCUUAAUUAAUUCAAUUACAGGGUUGAUUACCUCACUGAUCUCUUAAUGGUGCUUGGACAUCUCUUAAGGGACCUGAGGAUAAGUGAUAUUCAUUGAUCAAUAGUCUAAAUGAGUUAGCUGAUCUCCUGUGUGUCACAGUUAUACCAGCAGGUCUAAAAUACAGGUCACUUUUCCACAGGUCAGAGUACAGGUCACCAUGAUACAAAUAAAUAAAUAGCAUUAAAAGUGUCUCCUAGCCCUGACUUCUUAACAUAAUGCUCUAUUAGAUUGAGGGGAAUCUAUGUGGUUUGGUAAUUUAUCAAUGGAGCAGUGACCUGUAUUGUCAAACUGUGGAAUGAAACCUGUACUUUAGACCCGACCUAUUUUGGUGAUUUCAGGGUUGGGUUUGGUGCCUUGGUAGUGAUCCUACAGGGGCUCCAAGAGUGUGCUCAGGAUCUUGGGAUCAUAAGAUUAAAUUGUGGGACCUUCAGGGACAAAGUGCUGAGAUGACCACAAUCAGGUGGGUAAUAUUGAAUUGACAGAUAGUUACAGUGUGGUGUUUAACCCAUUCUCACAAUUAAGGCCCACCUUCAUCUUAUCCUUCAUCUUAUCGGUUAUAAUAUAACCAUUUGGCUUUCUAAUCAGGGGUUUCAAUAAGCACCGAUGGCCAAUGAAAGACAUCGGCUACUUUGCUCAUAGAAGUCGGCUACUUUUUUUCUAGAAAGAAGAAGCUACUAGUUUGAAUAACGUUGCAAACGAAAAAUAUAUCAUAAAAUCUGAAUGAAAAAUUAAUGUAAUUAUUAUGUGUUUUCAUAAUAUAAAGGCCCACUGGUUUACGUUAUGCUUUAGUUAUGUGAACACUACAUUUCAGUCAUUUUUUUACAAGUUUCUUUAUAGGUUUAAAAAAGUAAGUAAUUUAGUUCAUUUGUUCGUUGCCUGCACAAAUUGAUUGUGUGACUGAUAAAUAUUGAAAGCUACAUUUCCUUGAAUGAAAAACACACUCUUCUGUCCUCAAUUUUAGUCCCCAGAAUGCUGAAAAUUGCAUUUUAGGACUUUGAAGUUUCAAAAUUUUCUGGGGCAGAACGCACCUAGACCCCCUCAUCCCCCGACUCUCUCUUAGAAAAAGGGGACUAACGACCCCUUGUUGAUAUAGUCGGUUACUUUAUUCAAACCUGCUGCCAACUUUAAUUUUUGUUGAACCCCCUGCUAAGUUUUAAAGAGCUUGCAUUCUUUUUUGCAAUUUAAUUGGUUGAUUCUUUGAAAUGAUGGGGUUUUAUGUCAUGGAAAGUGUUUUUUGGUGUGAAGUGCAUCCAGGGAAACCUUUAAAAACCAACAUAUACACCUACAUAAAUACACAUACUUAAACAACAUAUACACAUAAUUAAUCAUGAAGUAUGUAUGUCUCAGCUGGAUUUAUAUGUCAAGAAGUUGUGUAUACCUUAGGUUACUGCAUCAACAAACACUCACAAACAUUUAAAAAUACAAUUUUGUAUAGUUUCUAAAUGGUAUCAAAGAAAAGUGCUACUUGGUAGUCUUCUCUCAAUGACCAAACAUGUAUACUUUGGAUAUAGCUCAUUGAUUGUUGCAGAAAUCAAAACCCACUGUAUAGAAUCCAAGUAAACCGCAAUUCUCAGGAAAAAAUAUUAGAUUCCCAUUUUUGGAUAUUUUAUGGUAUUUAAAGAAUACCCACAAAAAUCCCAAAUUUGGAAGAGUGAGACAAGUCCCAACCAGGGAACUUGGUUGGAAAUUUCCUGGUUGGGACUUGUCUCACUCUUCCAAAUUUGGGAUUUUUGUGGGUAUAAUUCUUUAAAUACCCUAAAAUAUCCAAUAUUGGGAAUCUGUUUUUUUUUUCCUGUGCAACAUGGCACAAAAUUGACCACUACAGAAAAUACCAUAACAUACCAUAACGCUCUUUGUUUGUCACUCCAAAAUUUUGCAUAAGCAUUGUUUUUAGUUUCUCUUGGGGCCAUUUCAACUCCCAAGAGAAACAUGCAAAAUUUUGGGAUGACAAACAAAGAGCAUUAUGGUAUGUUAUGUUAUUUUCUGUAGUGGUCAAUUGCAUUACAGCUCUAAUUUGAUUGGUCACAUGUUAGGAUUUGCAUACAAAGAAUAAAAUUAAUGCUGAGAUGAGACCAUCAGGGUAUGAAACACUGCUGAAUUUCAUUGAUAGUCUUGUUUUUCAAACCAUAGUUAGAAGAGGAUUCAAACUAGUAAAUGCUGGGGCAUUAAAAUCUAGCUCAAGUAUAUGGUAUUAGCCAGACUGCAGAGUUCUGUGCUGUGGUCACUUCUCUGAGAUGGUUUAUUGUAAAAGUCCUGUAUUGUUGUUGUCCCUUUGUCAUGAAAUCAUUUUACCGGUACAUUUUUUUUAAAAACUUACAGUGCCCAUAAGGCAGCUGUGUUGUGUUUGUCUUGGGAACAGGAUAUGCUAAUUUCUGGCUCUUAUGACAAAACCAUUGUCAUGUGGGAUCUUAGAGGUAAGUGAAAUCACUCAUCAAGUACCCUGGCCUAUUAUUUCAUUGGCUCCACUCAAGCCAUUGCUUUUAUCAUAAUAAUAAUAUAUAGAUUUGGCCAGGCCUAAACGUGAAGCAUUUGCCUAUUCAUUUAUACAUGAAAGACCUUGAUCCUUUGUUAUCCUUCUGCUUAUUUUAUAACAACUUUAAAAGGCCACAGCCAUUAACAGAGCCCUGCUUUUAGUGGUCAGUUGUUGAUUUCAUGUAACUUUGAAACAGUAAAUAGCUUGAAUUCUUUUCUUGUCCUUCCAGCUGGAAAUUUUGAAAAAAAAAAAAACACUCUACAAAAGCACACUUAACCUGUGCUGUGUACUACUGUUAUAAAGUUGAUACCAUCCACCAGUUAAUAGAAGGGCUGUCAUGAAAGCCAAAUGGCAAAACACAGUAAUUAAUAUUACAAGGGUCUCUUAUUGGCAAGAGGUUAACUGUAAUGGAGCAGCUUUGGUCCUUUUUCUUAUUAUUCUGCCUGGUGAUUCUACAAGUACGUUUAUAGGUUGCGGAAAAACCUUAACUGUGUCGUUUAAGCAUCCUUUGAUUAAUAUUGCAGGGGAUUUGUGAAAGCCAAAAUGGUAAAUCACUGAUAACGGGUCUUACUGUACAAUGAAUUUCAUGAAAAUGAUGAGCUAAUUUUUUUAUUAUUUUAGCUGGUAAUUCUAUGAGUACUGUAAGAAAAACACACUAAAUCUGUAUCAAUUGCCUUACUGUGAAAGUUAAUACCAUGUGUUAAUAACUAGCUGAGGUGCCACAGAAACCAGAUUGUUAAACACAGCUAUUGUCCAUGAAUUUGGUCUCUUAAUGGUAACUGGCUUGGUUAAGCUGUUAACAUGUUUCUGAUUCUUUCUUCAACAUUCCAGCUGGCAAUUCCAUAGGCUCUUUAAAGAACCAUAGUAAACCGGUCCUGUGUCUUACUGUUGAUGACCGUUUCAUCAUUAGUGGAAGCGAAGAUAAAACACUCUCAGUGUACGACAGGAGAGCAGCUCAAGUUUAUAAAAGUGUUAAGGUACUGUUUUGUCUUCCCUCACUAUAUAAUUCUUAAUUAUCUAAAAUAAUGAAAAAGAGUAGGAUCUUUACAGUAAAAAAUAACAACCAAAGCGGUUGAAAAUGAACCUGAAAAAAUUUAGGCUUGAUCGGGAUUCAAACCCUGACCUUUGUGAUGGCCGCCGGACGCAACGCUCCAUUCCUUGAGCUAAUCAAACCAACUGGAGAGCAGGCCAUUGUGAGUUCGUAAUAUACCCGAUAGUGGAAAUCAUAUGAAUUGAAAUAUGAAAUUUUGAAGUGCCAAUAAAGAUAUGAAAGUGUGCAUGAUCUUCACAUUGGAAUGAACAACCUAUUAAAGGGGUUGAAAAAGAACAAGAAAAAAUUCAGGCUUGACCGGGAACGAACCCUGAUGCAUUUCAUAUUUUUCAAUUCAUAUCUAAAGUAUGCGCCUUGUUAAGGUUGCUUAAAUGCCCCUAAAAAGUUGAAGGGACGUAGGUUAGUUGUGAGGAUUUCAUGUAAGUAAUAGUGCCCAUGUUGUGUUUUUAGUGUUUUUGUACCCUUUAGAAACGUCUUGUAAGCUGAAGCAUUUAAUAGAUAUGGCUUAACUACAUUAGGUAAAGCAAUAUAUUGCUUUCUGGUGUACGUUAUUGCUAACGUUAGUGAUUUUUUGGCGGUUCAUUUGACAGUUAUAAGGCUUUUUGUUUAAAAGUCAGUGCUUUUUGGUAACGGUUAACUUACAUUUAGAAGGUUGUAUUUGUCGUCCUCAGCUUAAAACUCCAGUGUUUAGCUUGUGCCAAAGCUCCACAUGUGGCUACAAUUACCUGAGAGUCGGGGGCAGAGAUGGCCGCCUGCACAUGCUGGAUACAACUGCCGAUAGAUUUGAGGAACUAACAGUGAGUUGAAAGAUUCUUUUGGGGUUUAGCAACAUCUAGUAUUUAGGAGAUUUAACAGCAAGACUAUAAAAAGGACCCUAUGCAACAACAAACCAUAACAGGCGAAAGAAUUGGCACUUUUUUGCCAUCCUAAACAAUUUAUCUUCUCUUCUCCGAACCUUGAUGCGGUAUCUAAAAAUUCAUUUCCUGGAAAAUCCAACGGUAUCUACACUUUUUCGAAAUGGACUGACAUAAAUACAUAGCAAACUUAGUAUAGGCGACCUAUUGUGCAGUUAAAUCACUAGAGAGCACAUCUUAUUUAACUAGAGAAAGUAAAAUUCAUCGUUGGGUGUCCAACUGUUCCAUAAAAUGUCCCAACACAAAAUUACACGCCUUAGUUCGCAGAGGAAAACAACUUGGAAAUGUACUAAAUAGUGCCGGGUCCAGACCUCGAGAUAAGCGGGGCGGGGGGGGGGCGGUCUCCAAAAAAAAUUUUCGGUCCUUCGGGCCUCAGUUUGGUCUAAAAAUAAAAGAAGGGGGCCGGGUCCCCACGCCCCUCCCCUGGAUCCGCCUUUGCUAAAAAGAGUGAUGCACGGGCAAAUUUGUUGUGUCCGCCACAAUCUGAUUCUGGGAGUCUUAAAACAUCUACAUGUGGUGCGAUACUUGAAUGAUAUCUGAUGAGAAGGUUUUCAUUCAAGAAAAUGAGUAUAAGCGAGACAGGGAGCUUCUUAUAUUUGGCUUAUUGUUUGUUUACUGUUUUUAGCCCAGUAUAGAACUAGGACAGGAAUCAAAUGGAAAAAUCUCUGGAAUCUGCCACUACGGCGGUGCAGUUGUUGCUUGUUCAACUGACAAAAGUAUUAAGGUAUGAUACAUUAGAGCGGCUCUGUCAUGGCUGUUUACUUUGUUUUUGAGCGACCCACGUCAAUCGGAAGUGCGAUCGAAGCGAGCCGCGCGAGAACGUGCGAGCUAGCGGCGAAGCCGCCCUCGCUUUCGCGUCUCCUCUCGCGUGCCCCUCGCGCGUCUACUUUUCACAAUAUCCCACAAAUGGAGAGCUUGCUCGCAGGCUACAAAGAAUUUGGAAUGCAGGACCUACAACAGAUUCCGGAAUCCACAAUCCAGGACUGUCUUGGAUUACUACAUAUGUUACAUGGGGCAAAUUGUGAUACGAUGUGUGGUAAAAUGACAUGGAUGUUAAAAACUGAAUAAAGUUUUGAUAUCUCAGUGCAUCACCCAGUUUCUCUUAGUCUUAACCGCCCCUCACAGAAUGUCAAGUCAAGGAGUCUCCAGGAAAAACGAUUGUGUAUGUCUCGGUGUUAAUUAAAUCAUGCUGAAGAGUAGAUCACUUUACAUUCAACUCAAAGAGGGUGUUGUUUGUGGUCGAGUGUAGUACUUAUCUUUAUGAUCGUCAACCACUAAUAUCUGUUGCUUACUUUUGUCCGUUGAUGUGGUGUUUGUUCUGCAGGUAUUGGAACCAUCCCGUGUUCUUUCUGUUAUUCAUACAUUUGACUGUCAUACCGGAGAAGUAACAGCGGUAAGUAAAAGUUUCUUCGAUAGUUCGGCCGUUUUUUACGUUGUCGCACAACUCUCCUCCCUCCUUGUUGGAAGAAGCGUUGCGUGACGGCACACAGAACUGUGGUGUAGCAGACAACGUAGUCUCUUACGUAGCUGUAUUUUUUACGUCAUGCACAGCUCCUCACCACAUUGCGUAACAACACGAACAGCUGCUGGGUGGGACACAUCGUUAAUGCUUCAGUCAGCCUGCGUGGCAAGCGUUUGGAGUGGAAGGGGUGUAAUUCGGGCGCUUGGGGAAGUGGGGAACUCGGCUGCUCGGGGAAGAGGGGAAUUCGGGCGCUCGGGAAAGGAGGGAAUUCGGGCGCUCUUCACCCCAUUCCCCGAGCGCCAGAAUUCCCCCCUUCCCCUUUUCCCUUUUGAAGCCUGCCACACAAGCCACGUGACAAAAUGUGGUGAGAUGAGAGGUUAUAGAAGUCUGCCUCCUGUCAAUAUUGCUAGAUCUACUGGAUCAAGGACGAGGAAUUGCUCAAACAAAAAUCCCGCAGGCAAAAUAGAAAUCCCGUUGUCCCGUAAUACUUCACAUAUUCAGAGCCUACAUCGGAAGUUGAUGUUGGCUUGUGCUGAUAGUAGGGACUUUACGAUAGGACGACGCGAAGGCAGCGAAAACGUCGCUUCAAAAAUGAAUUUGCGUUCUUUCGUCUUUAUCGCGAUUAUUUCAACUCACUUACCUCGUCAAAUGUAGGCGAACCCUCACGGAGUUGAAUUCAAAGAACCAUAUUCAAGUUUAGAAAGAGAGUAAAAUCUCAUCGUGGCCUAUCUACGUCCUCCAGAAAAAGUAAAAUUUGGCAAUUUCACGUCGUAGUCGUGCAAAAACGGCAAAGAAAUGUACAAAAACGUGAGAUGCACGUGCAAAGUUGUCGUUUUGCCUACUAAAUCUAUUGUUGUUUUGGACGUUCUCGUUGCCGUCGCGUUGUCGGAUCGUAAAGUCCCCAAUAUUGUGCACAGAGCGUCGACAGUUACAUGCGCUCAAGGUUGAGAAACCCGUCGUAUCUUGAAAUGUGAAAUAUGACUUAUUGGGCACAUCCUCGCAUCAGCAUUUUUUGCUUAAUCUAUUUUCUUGCCUCAUAAAGUUUGUAUUUAAAAAGAUUAUUGUCAUUUCCUUUCAGGUAAACAGCGGAGGCUCGGUGUUAGCAUCAUGUUCAAGUGACCUUACUAUUGGGAUAUGGAGACCCAAAAGUCUGAGGCCCGUGGCGAUUAUCUGAUAACAAUGAUGCUAGUGGUAUUAAUGUUGGCGUCAUGUUCUGAUAAUUGCGUGCUUGCCUGGAUCAAUUCUGGCGUGAAGAUGUGGCUGACAAGCCCAAACCAAGACUGAUGAUAACAGUAAAGCAAGUACAUGUAUGUCGGUCACAAAUAACAAUGAGCUGGUUUCUGUAGUUGCACUAUAACUGAUGACGAGAUUUAGGAAAAUGUUGACAAUGUUAUUAUUGGUGAUGAUAAUAAUAGAGAGUUUACGCAACGACGACGACAACGGCAUCGAGAAAGGCAAAAAAGCAAUAGGUUUAGACAAGCAAAACAACAACUUUGCACGUGCAUCACGCUUUUUUGUACAUUUCUCUGCAGUCGUUGCACCACUACAACGUGAAACUUCCUAAUUUCACGUUUUGUCGGGGACGGGAGCAAAAGACAACAACUUUCUUUUACUUUUCCUGAAUUUUGAUGUAGUCCUUUAGAAUUCAACUCCAAACAAAUUUGCCAACAUUUGACACAUUAAACGAGAUGGAAUAAGCGCGAUUAAGUUUGAGACAGCGCAAAUUCACUUUUUAAGUGACGUUUUCGUCGCCGUCGUAGUUGCGUAAACUAGCUAAUGAUGAUGGUGGUGGCGGUCGUGAUGAUGAUGAUGAUGACUGCGACGACCCCAAGUGGCGGUGGUAGUAGUUACAGUCAUCAUCAUCAACAUAAUCACUAUCGUCAUUAUCAUAUCGUCAUGAUUUUAAUGGUCGUGAUCAGAGGAGGAUCGAAUAGUAUCCCAUGAUGCAUUUUUCCAGAAGCAUCACGCAAUAUCGCAGUCAUAGCAGGUUCCAUCUUGAAAUAAGGUCGUUUUCUCGUCGGCUUUUUUCUCACUCGAUUUCCAGUAAUAUUUCCUUUCAGGUAAACAGCGGAGGCUCGGUGUUAGCAUCAUGUUCAAGUGACCUUACUAUUGGGAUAUGGAGACCCAAAAGUCUGAGGCCCGUGGCGAUUAUCUGAUUACAAUGAUGCUGGUGGUAUUAAUGUU